AUUUACUAGGCUGGUAAUACACAUUGCUUCAACACGCUAUGCCCUGGAUUUGUCAUUGUAAGUAGUAAGUACCCUGUUGAUGGGGUCUUUGAUCCAGUUACACAACGUGGAGAUAAAAAAGUAUUGGAGAUCGCAAUGUUCAUCGAACGAGAUCUAGCCAAUGGAAACUGGUGGCUUUUGUUUGGUGAAAGCAACGAACAAGUUGGUUUUUGGCCUCAAAGGAUUUUCAAUAACUUGGCAAGCUUUGCUACUAGUGUUGAGUGGGGAGGAGUAGCGUACAGUCCACCAGGCGUGUCUGAACCUCCAAUGGGCUCCAGCUGUUUUCCUAUUGGAGAUCCAAAUUACGAUGCUUAUUGUAGGAGACUUAAUGUUUUAAAUGAUAAUGGUGAGACAGUAGAUAUAGACAAAACGACUGUACGUGUUGAUGAUUCUGAUCGGUAUGGUGUUAUGGAUGUACCACAUUGGAGAGGUGGAAAGUAUCAGCAUAUGGCAUUUUAUGGAGGACCUGGUGGGUUUGAGACAUUAUGUUAA